GUUUGUUUCAUCCGUCUGACACUCGACACCAAAUGAUCUCACAGAUCUGCAUGCUAACUCAAGGCCUCAUUCUGUCCCCCCAUGGUGGACACUCUCUCUGGGACAACUCUUCUAUUUCUGUCUGGUCUCCAGCCCCGGGUCCCACUGCCUGCCUCUGCUCAGAUGCUCAAAGACUUGACUGUGGACUACAUAGAGGUUUUUGCUUUGGAUUGUUGUCAAUAGACAGAGUCACAAGUACCAGAGAGGGCUUGUGUGAGGUGAGAGGCCUUUUUGGGGAGCCUGUUGAGGAGUUUACAACAGGGACCAAAUUAUGGAUUAUAAAACUGAAAGGAAAAGAAAAAUUUCCAGGAUUUUUUUGGACAGAGGCCAACUAAAAGGCACAAUGCCUUAGGAGCUACUAGCUGUAGAAAAUCCGGUCUAAGGGGCCCCAAACUCUGGGUCCUGUAGCUCCAUCAGCAGGCAGAGUGUAUCAUUUUGAGGUCUGUGUUUGCAUGAAUGACUGAACAACUGAGGACAGAGCUCUUUGCUAGCGACCUUGCAUCAUGACCUCAGUUGAGAAGCGGCGCUCAGGCCGAAAGAGUGGUGGGCAUCGAAAGCACAGCGAUGGAGGCUACAGCGACACCUCCAGUGGUGGGUCCUUUCUGGAUGAGACUGACCGUGAGGUCAGCAAUCUGACAGAUCGAGCAUUCAGGAGCCUCUGCAUUGGGGAUGAGGCUGUUUAUAAUGACUCAGACCUCUGUUCGUCUUCUCCCUGCACCCAGAGAGACAGGCAGCUGGCCUUUAGCCAGAGUGGCCAGGACAGAGACAGAGAGGACAGAGAGAGGGAUGAACUCAAGAGAGCUGCACAUGAGAGCUUCAGCAUCAGGAUGCAGCAGUAUGGACAGGACUGGAUCCAUGGAGGAAUGUAUGGGGCUGAGAUCCAGAGAGAUCCACAAUGGGAGGUUUAUGGGGAAAGGACACAGGGGAGGGUUUCUGCCACAUUCCAGCACUCCUUUGUGGAAACCUCUCAACAGGAAGAAUCUUUGGGGGGAGAACAGCUGUCCUUUCUAGGCAAUGGACCCACAGAGUUGAGUUUGCGGCAACGCAGAAGCCGCUCCAGAGUUUCGUCUCUGAUCAGAGCUUUUAACUCAGAAGGACAAAGGGAUGGAGCAGGGAAGGAUGGCCAACUCAGAGAGUGGAAUGAUGAGACAAGCUGGGACAAAUCAGCUCUGAUGAGUAUCCAAAGGGAACUUUCUGAGUUCUCUACAUCUUACCAGCAAAACUUUAACAGUGGUCAUUUCUCUUCAGCUUGCCCGUUCUCAUACCAAGACACCAACUUCUACUCCUCUGAAGUAGCAGCAGUGGCUCACAUGAAUUCUGCAUCCUCUUUUAUGAGAUCUUCCCACAGUAAACAUAGCAUGUCCACGCAGGUCAACUGUAACACUAACUUCUUUAUACACAGUGAGUUUAGUCCCUUCAAAGUUUGGAGGGACCAUAACAGGUUUCCCUUCCAACAAGGAGAAGUCUCAGGGUUUAUGCACUGUUCAGAAUUCCCUAAAUGGUAUGACACACCAAUGUACAGGGAGCUUUCAAUGGAGGCCCAACCACAGGGUCCAUACAGAUUUGAGGAGAGGGGUAUCAGACACCAAAGGAAUAAUUUGGCACCUGUGGUUCCUUCCACUCUUCCCCGCUCCACCUCAACAUCCACAAUGCUGCAGAAAGCUUCGGCUGUAGAGAAACGCUGCGAGUCAGAGGUGACAGGUCAUUACCCUCACAGGAAGCGGACGCAGAGCCUGGGAACUAAUAGACUCCCAUCGCAACGGCCAUCAACUGCAUCACCUACCAGUGAGAUGUCUCGACGUGUCCAGGACACCAUCAGCUCCGUCAAAGCCCUCCAGCAAAAAAUUAAAAUGAUGACAGAGAAAAAUACAACAACAGGGAUGACAGCAAAUCAUCAAGGAGUAUUUUGUACCAAUGAUAAUUUAAUUCCCUUUGGCAACAAUGCAAAAACAGUGGCACCAAACGUUGUCAGCAGUAACACAAGCACGACUCCCUUCAACAUCAGCCAACUGCUCACACCUUUAGUGCAAGCACAUCAAGAAACAGAGACAUCAGAGGUCGGGCAGUAUGCAGUUUCCCCUCAACCUGUGGAACAUCCUCCAGUGCGAGCAGAAAGCAGGGGAGCCACUCCUGAUGUUAGGAUGUGCAGCUACAAAUCCAGAGCAACGAGCCUACUCUUCAAUCUCAAAGACAACAGGAAAAGAGUAAAAAGCACCUACAGUCCUGCCAAAUUUAAAGCCUUGGAGACACUGGAAAAAAGCAAACAUCACUCUAUUCAGGAGCCUAGAGACACUGUGAUAGACAUCCCUGAUUAUCCAGAUCUAGACUUUCAAUUUCUUCAGGUAGAGGAAUCCAGCAGAGCAAAUGCUGCCUCACAUCAAUAUGUAAACCAGUACCAUAGCCCUGGAUUGUCACUUACAACACCAAAUUCUCAACCUGCACAUACAGGCCAACACUCAGAAUACACUUUAAGUGAUUACCAGACAGCUCAGAUGCAAAGUCAGAUUGUUCAUCACUCGGGGUUCACUGGCUUGAUACCUGAAAAUUACACUAGCAAUCAGCUGGCUAAUGGGCAACAUCUCCAUGAAGACUUAUCAUCAUUUACUCCCUAUAAGCAAGGCAUGAUAGAUAAAGUAGAAACUCUGGGAGGAGAUGUAUACAGGCUGAACACAACUUAUACUGAUACAGAAACACCAAGGAUACAUGCUGACAACAAUCAACCAAGAGAAUAUUUAAUAAGUAAGGCAAAUGCUGAGCAACAUUUUAAUGAAACAGUGGGAGGGGAAUUCACAAAGGUGGAUAGAUAUCAGCAGCUCAAAGAAAAUAAACAUGAUUAUAGUAAUGUGUCCUCACAGGAUAGGUGGAGACAGACAAACAGCCAAGACACAGAAAGUCUCAGUCUGAAAGCAGUCUCUCCAUGGAAACAAGAGAUAACUGCUUCAAUGGAAAAAGACCAACAUGCACAGGCUUACCAAAGAGCAGCUGUGAUAAAGGAGGAACUAAAUUCACCAAGAGACAAGUACAGAGGGGAAAAUCAGCAAAGUAUAAAUAAAGAACUUGAGAAAAUAGAGUUGAGGGAGAGUUUUGGUAUUGGAACAUCUUCUCAUAAAAAGGCUGCGUUGGUCAACACUAACAUUUCAAACCAACAGCAACAAAAUGCUCCAUUUAGUAAUGACACUAUAGAAAAUCCAGCAUAUUAUGGACAACAGCAACCAGGAGCUCUGAAGUAUAACAAUAAGGAAAAUGAAAUGAAAGAUCAUUAUUUGACACAGAAUUAUAACAGAUAUAGUGAUCAAGAAUACAGAAACCAACACACAUUGUAUUCUAAUAAAGACAAAAGAAUGCCCACGCAAGAAACAGUUCAGAAAAAACAAUCGUCAAUUCCACAGCCGUAUGAAAUGCAAAGUCUCCAGCCAAUAGAAGCUAAACCACAGUUUGAACAGAAUGUGCAGAAAACGUCAUUAUCUAACCCUGACAAUGCAUCUGCCACCACAAUAGCAAACCAGGUAAAAGACAGACAGUUUGUUGAGGUCAAGGCUGAACAGGUCAUGGCACAGCAUGUAAAAGCACAACACACCCAAGCAGAGCUGGCAAAGGCUCAGCACUGGGCUCAAGUGGAGCAGCCCAAAGCAGAGUCGGCUAGGUUAAUUUUAGCAGGGCAGACUGGUUCAGACAAAGUCAAAGCAGAAGAGGCCAAAGCAGAAUUAACAGAGUACCAGAGAGUAAACCAGGCUAAAGCAGAACAUAUUAAAGAGGAUAAGAGAAAAGAGGAAUUGACAGAACAGUCCAGAGAAAAACAACCAGAGCGUGCCAGAGAGGAACAGAUAAAGGCAGCGCAAUCCAGAGUACAAGUAACAGAAGAGCCUAGAAAUAUAACAGAGGAAGUAGGGGCUGAGGACUUGAGAGAGGAGAAGGGUGAGCAGGUCAAAGUAAAACAAGCUGAAGCAAAGAGGCUAAAAGAAGAGCACAUAAAAACUGAACUGGCAAAGGCCGAGCAGGCCAGGCAGGAUUGCUCGGAGCGAGCUAAAAGUGAACAGGCCAGUAGAGAAAGGAUCAAAGCAGAACAAAUUAACGAAGAACAGGUUAGAGCAGAUCAAGUUGAAAGGGAGCAAGUGGACGCAGAACAAAUCAGAACAGAAAAGGUUAAAUCAGAGCAGGCUAAAGCAGAGCAUAAAAAAGCAGAACAAGCUAAACUAGAGCACAUACAAGAGCAACAAGCUAAAGCAGAACAAGAGAAGACUAACGUAGUUGAAGUGGGAAAGGUCAAAGCAAACCACAUUCAAGUUGAGGAUGUUAACCAAGAGAAAGCUGAGGAAGAUUCAAUUCAAGCAGGUCGAGUAAAUGCAGAGCAACCUGUAACACAGAUAAGUAAAGCCAACGAGAGAAAGGCAGAGCUGGCAAAGUUGGAACAAACCAAAGUGGAGCUAGCUAAAGCAGAGCUAAUAAAAACAGAGAACGUGCCGGAAAGGUCAGCUAAACCCGCAGCAAAACUAACAGUGACACAACAGGUAAAAAAUGAGCCAGAUAAACUUGAACAAGUUAAGACAGAGUUAGCUAAAGCUAAAGCAGAAUUGGCUAAAAUAAAAGAGAAAAUGAGAGGAGAGCAAAAAGAGAAAGUCAGAAAUAGAGUUCUCACGAAUGAAGAUGUGAUUAAGACAGAUGUUCCUUUGAAGGUAAAUAUCAAUAAAAAGGAAGAGUACAAAGAUCAAGACCAGGCAACACAAAUGCAUAAACAGGGGGAAGACUCAGUUGUUGUCAGCAGGCAAAAUUCAGAUCAAGCUAAUAGAGGGGAUGAGUAUGAGCGUCUUAGAGAGAAAUAUGGUUUUAUUGAUACACACUUACCAAACAGAAACAAAGUGUCAAAUGAUGCCAAUGAAACACCAGCUUUAUCUCUUGAUAAAGUUGAGACAACGAAUAACGAGAAAUCAAAAGGAAAUUCUAGUCCUAAAAGCAGAGUUGCAAGUGCUAACACAGAAAAUAAGGAGGAAGUGGGCAGCUUUAAACCCACUGAGUUGACAGAGAGUCAGUAUGUUUAUAGUGAGUCAUCCAAAGAAUUCAAACUUUCUGAGAGUAAUUAUUUGCCUAUCAAUGUAGAUAAAAGAGAAAAGAGUGACACUGUUUCUGAUAAAGUGAAGGAUGAAAGUGUUGAAAAGUUUGACUCUCUGAAACAUACUGAUAUUUCACAGCAAAGAGAUUCUGAUUUGGCUAAACCGCUCCCCCUUGCAAGAAAACCCAGGUCAACUGAGCACAGUUUAGGUCCAGGUAAAGAUACACUUUUUACCCCUCCCAGAGCAUUGUUCCAUAAAGAGAGAGCUCAGACCAAGCAGGAGAUUCUGACUUCCAAGAUAAAAGCUCAUGCUGAAAAAGAGAUUUCAGCUAUUAAAGAAAAGGGUUUUGCUGUACGAGAUGGGUUUAUAUCCAAAAAUUCUACCAAGCAAUUAGCAGUUAAUAAUAUACGACAGAGGCCACCAUCACAGGAAGUGUCUAAAAAGCAUGAAAGCACAAUGGCCAGUAAUAUUACAUUAAAGCACCAGAUGGAGCCUUCAGGAAUACAGAUGGAACCAGUCAAGUUUGUUUCACUUCCCAGCUCUUCUACAAUACCAGUUAAGUCUGCAGCAACCACCAGUCAGGUUCAGUCACAGAAACAACUUCACAACAAACCAAUGAAGAGCAAUGACAAUCUGCCAAAAAAACCCAGAGAAGCAAAACAGACGGGAAGUUAUACCAUGAGCACAGAUGACGGCUUGGUACAAAAUCAAAAGAAAGAGAAUCAAUUUGGAAUGAAAUCACUUACACAAAGUAAAGAGCAGGCACUCAAAAACAAGCCAGAAACACAGGAAGCAAAUAAAGGAGAAAUAUUUGGAAAACAGAAAGAGGGACUUAAAGACAAUCCUGUCUUAAACACUGACCAUCUCAACAAAAAAGAGCUAAAGCAAGGAGCUGAGAGUAAACAUGAGGCAGUUCAUGAAGACUCAGCACCUUCACUAAGUCUUGCCUUUGGUCAGAAUGAGACCCCUGUGGCUGAGGACAAAUUGCAGAUCAUGGGAAUAUCUGUAACUGUACGAGAAAGAAAGCCCUCUGUGGACAAUGGUCAGAGGAAUAACAGCACUCAAGAACAAAUGAAUGUAAAAGAGAAAGAGUGCAGUAAUUCAGAGCUAGAUAAAUGUAAUCCCAGCUCAGGUCUGGAAGUAGGUAAAGGAAAUACAUCUUCAAAGGAAGUUAGCAUGGUAAAGCUGAAUGAUGGAGUUGUACAGGACACUGAUCCUACAGUGAAAGAAGAUCAAACUAAAGUUGGUAUGGAUAAUCAUCCUGAAAACAUGCUAGAAACUUCAAGACAGAACAAUGUGUCUGAGAAUGUCACUGUGAAAAGGACUAAUCUCCAACAGGAGAGUUCUUCUAUAAAUGUAAGACCCCAAAGGAUAACACAACUCCAAGAGCCAUUGGCUGAAAAAGGUGUGCCAUGCAAAAAUAAAGUGUUGGCUGAAACUAAUCCGCUUCUCUACAACCAAGACAUAAUAGCAAAUGAAACAAAAGACAAUACAAAUGAAAUGCCAAAAGAAAACCCAGUAAAGAUCAUAGAGAAAGUUGAAGUAAAGAGUAAUACCGAAGAUAAAAAUCCACAAAAAAGUCAUACAGCACAUGCCAAUGAGAACUACAUAGCCAAAGUAGUGAACACAGCAAUCAGCGACACAAAUGACGCAAACAGAGCUGCUGCUCAAACUCUGAUAAAACAUGACAUCCAGCCAUCAGUGAAAGAAGAUAUGACAACUGGCAUCCAUCCAUCCAAAAGCAGGAACAUAGAUGGUAAGAGUGCACCAGUGGAAGAAAAGAGAUGUGACUUAACACCACCAAAGCCAUUCAACAAAACCAUUCCAUCUAACCAUUUAACUGAGAAUGAAAAUGCUCAUGCAUCUCUAAAACAUCAGUAUAAAGAGACACACGUUGAAGAAAAUAAUCAAUGGGAUGAUGAUUUGCAUAUAGGCAGCAUUGCCAUCAGAGUUGUGCCAGCAGUAACUGAGGACAACCUGAAAAUGGCAGGAAAACAUCAUGUCAACAUCACCACUGUCCCGUCUGAUGUAGCUGCAGCUAAUGAACAUAAACAAGAUGCAUCAUCUAGUCUUGAAAACAAUGAAGACAGAACCAAAGACCUCAAUACAGAAAGUAGGGAAAAGCAAAUGGAGGAAAGUUUGGAAGACAAAUUUGGAAUACAAUGUGUUUUGUCCAGUGUGAAAAAACUGUCCAAAUCACUACAACUCGGUAAUCAACAGAACAGCAUAAACACCACCAGUGAGAAUACUCAAGCGGAAAAUGCAAAGCCUGAAAAAGUAAAUAAAAGCGGGAAAUCAGCGGAUGAAUUAACAGUAAGACCAAUGGUGGGAGACUACUUUCAAGUGCAAGGGACUGCAGAAAAAAAUAAUGAACCAUACAAUCAUACCAAUGCUGUUUCAAAGGGAAGGGAACUUCCAGCAUUACUAUCAAACAAGGCAGCUAUCAGCAAUGAAUCUUGCAAUGAAGGAAAAAAUCCAGUAUUUGUUUUGGAUCAAAGUAAAAGGAAAUCAAGUUCAGUAAGAGUUCAAGAUGAGAACAUGAAAAAGAGAAACAGGGAAACAGAUGAUAAUCUGGAUUCAAAACUGAGUGAUGGUCCCACAGAGAGACAGAGUAAUAAAAAUGAGAAGACAGAGGCUGGUCAAGCUGUUCAUAUCAGAAAACUUUAUACAGAGAAUCAGUCCAGUUUAACAGCAAGGGAAACAAAGAGCUCAAUAAAUUCAUACCUGACACAGGAAGAUACGGUUAAAGAAAAACCUAAAGUUAAACCAAAACCAAAAGAAAGAGUAUCCACAAUACCUGAGAUAUCAGCAAUUGCAGACUAUGCCAGGUUAAAAGUAAUUGUUUCGGAAGACGAGGCAAACAAAAUUCAGGAAUUCCCACCCAACAAAAAGGAGGGAUUUUUCCCACUAAUACAGACUCGUCACAGCAGACGUCCAAUGUUCACUGCUGACCCACAAGACCUCUCUGUAAAAGAGAAAAGUUUGCCAAAUAAGACAGAGGUCAGCUCCAAAGUGAACAAACAACCCAAACCCUUAGUAUUUCCCAUUACUGAGAGAGAACACCAAAGGACGGGGAUGUUUAAACUGGGAGACAAAGAAAGACAAGAGAAAAUGAUUUUAGAUGCCAAAGCCAAUGAAGGUGUAUUAGACACUGGAGCAAAACAUGCACAACAGCUCAAAGCAAGUAACAAGUCACCAUCAAGUCAUCUUAAGAACCAGGGAAGAGAAGAACAAGUGACUGGAACUGAUACCCAAAGAGUUCGACAAGUAGAACAAAGUAUUCAUCAGCCAAACAAUCCUCCUAUGCAAGCAACAACCUCAUCUUCUGCAGUCAACAGGCCAAGAAGCACUUCUGUGUCACAACACCUAAAGCCACUUGAGAUCUCCAAUCCACAUGAAAAACUUGUGGGACAAGUGUACAACAUAGAGGAAAGCACAACAACUCUAAAAAAAGAUGAGGAGAUUGAAAAUGCACUGGCUAAGAUUGGGGAAAAGAGAACAGAUAAAAUGAGGCAAGAAAGGUUUGCAACUCGGCAUGAAGAAACCGAAACACAACAUCAGAGUAGAGCAAAACAGUUUGAGGAAAAACAAGCUUCUAGGAUAGAAGAGGAGAAAAGAGCUGAAGACAUGAGAGUAAGAAAUAUGAUAGAGGAGAAUAGAGCUUCUGUUGCUGAGGAAGAGAGGAGAGCCGCUCAGAGAGAAGAGGAGAGGAGAGCAAGAGAGCGGGAGACCAUUGCUAUUAAGAUCAAGGAGAAGCGGGAAAAACAGAGAGAAGCAGAAAGAAGGGCAGAGGAAGAAAGAGCUGCUCAAAAAGAAGAGGAGAUGAAAGCAAAUCAAAGAGAAGAAGAAAGGAGAAUGAAAGAAAUUGAGGAGAAGAGGAGAAUAGAAAUUGAGGAGUGUAAAGCAAAAUUGAGAGAGGAGGAAGAGCAGAUAAAAGAGAAUGAGGAGAAGAGGAGGGUGAAACAGCAAGAGGAGGAGAGAGCUGCACGAGAGGAGAUGCAGAGAAGAGCUGCUGAAGAAGGGAAGCAGAGGAGAGCUGCUGAAGAGGAGAGGCAGAGGAGAGCUGCUGAAGAGGAGAAGCAGAGGAGAGCUGCUAAAGAGGAGAAGCAGAAGAGAGCUGCUGAAGAGGAUAAGCAGAGGAGAGCUGCUGAAGAGGAGAAGCAGAAGAGAGCUGCUGAAGAGGAGAAGCAGAAGAGAGCUGCUGAAGAGGAUAAGCAGAGGAGAGCUGCUGAAGAGGAGAAGCAGAGGAGAGCUGCUGAAGAGGAGAAGCAGAGGAGAGCUGCUCUGAUUGAGGAGCAAAGGCGAGCUAAAGUGAUUGAGGAGCAGAUACUUGCUGAUAUUGAGGAAAAAGCUGCUCGGAUUUCAGAGGAGGAAAGGAUCAAACAGAUCCAGGAGCAGAAGAAAGCAGAGCAGAUGAUUGAAGAGCUGAGGGAAGAAAGACAGCAAAAGGAAGAAUGGAUGAGAACUCAGAGAGCUGUUGAAAAAGACAAAACAAUUAUAAAACAAAGAGAAGAAAGGCAAGCCAAAGAGGAGAGAACCAGACUCCUUGAGGAGAGCCAAGCAGCACUGAAAGAGGAGGAGAAGAGAGUAGCACGAGAAUGGAUGCUAGCUCAAAGAGAGGACGAGAUCAGGGCUAAAAAGAGAGGAGAAGAAAAGUUAGCAGCUCACAGGGAAAAGGAGAGAGCCACUCAGAUGGAGGAGCAAAAAAGAGCAGCGCAGAGGAUGGAUGCUCUCCAGUACUACGCCAUCACCUCAACAGAAUCAGAGAGGAAACCCAGAGAAAGACAACUAUGCUCCCCUUUACCAUCCCAACAAAGGCCCAAUCCAUCAGGACUUGGAUCACCUGAGGACUCAGGAGCCCAAACUAGGCCUUAUAGGCCACAUGCCCCUGCUUCUCCAGCUCCAUCUCUGCCCCGCUCCAACACCUCCUCUCCUGCUCUGGGAGCCAAGCCCUCAAUGUUCAGGGUCAAGGAUAACACCAUCAGAGGUUCCUCUUUCAAGUCAGUCAAACCACGCCUCCAUAAGAACUUUGGAGAGGAUUUCCGAAUGGGUUCCCCGAUGGAGAGGGGGUCAGAGAGAAGAGAGGAAGAGCAAGACAUAGUGAGACACAGUGCUGGAACUCCUGUCUAUCCAGACACAGGGUUAAACAGACUUGCUGCUAUCAAAGAAUCCAACACUUUUCAGCCAGCAUAUUCAUCACAGGAUUACUCAGCCCUUCUCCCACAACACAGGCCUUACUCCAGGAGGAGCAUCGCUCUGGAUGAAGAUGACUCCCGUUCUCUCAUCAGCAACAUGUCAGAGGAUGUAGAGAGUUUUGCAACCAGUGCAGCAGACCUGGCAGAUAUACGAGGCCUCUAUGACGGAGAGAGGCCAGAAUCAGCCUGUAGCUUUAGCAGUGAUGUCUCCCGUUCUUUGGGCAAGCCUCCAACUGUUCCCCCAAAGAGUGAGAAAGCCUUGCGCAGAGCAAAAAGGUUGACUACUCGGAGAAUCAAGAAGGAGUUGUCCAAAGCUGCAGCAGACAGCCCUGAUGGAGUUGAGAAAUCUCUUCAAGAAGUCUCCAAUAUUACUUCCUCCUCCUCCACUGAGGUACGCUCUUCCAGCCGCCAAGCUAUGGCUUCCUCCCAUUUUUCCUUACCUGUCUCCCUCGCUCAUGCUCCAACAUUGGGGUCUAGCUUGCUUUCUUCACACACAGAGCACAAAUCUUCUCGCAGCUCCUCCUAUGCUUCCCCUCAUGCCACUGGUCCUAUCUCCAUCCCAGUUGCUUUACCUCAUGCUACUGCCCCUGUUUCCCUCCCUGUUGCCUCGCCUAAUGCUACUGGCCCUGCUUCCCACACUGCUGCUCCUAAGACAGUUGCUCAUGUUUCCUCUUCUCCCACUCUCCAUCAUGCCAACCACCCAGCUCCAGUGACACAGUACCAUGUAGAGUCAAGCUAUCCCCAGUCCUACCCACUAACCCAGCGAAAGGUGCUGCAAGACCUCGGCUCUGGUCAGUAUUUCGUGGUGGACGUGCCUGUUCAAGUGAAAAAGAAGACUUUCUUUGAUCCUGAGACGGGAAGGUAUGUCCAGCUGAAUGUUCGCGAGUCGGGCCAAAGCACCUCCCGAACCCAGCCCCAGCAGACGUACCCACAACCUCAGCUCCAACCCCAAAAGCAGGUCAAGCUUCAACAACAGCCCCAGGCCUCUCCAGCUGGCAAGCCUUUUGUGCUUUAUCAGGGCAACCAGAGUUAUCCCCAAGACUACCAACCUCUGGCUAUCAACUCUGUGCCCCGCAACAUGUCAUCAGCCCCUGUGACUCUCCACCAGGACCAACAGCCUGUCAGGGAGAGCCACAGCUACGGAUAUCCAGCCCCUGAAAUGGGACAGAACUCUGAAGGGCAUCGCUACAGCCCAGAAAAGACUCCAUACAUGGACACAGUUAAUGAUAAAGGCAAAACAUAUAACACCAUUUACAGCACACAUGCUCCAUAUGAGUCGUCCCCAGAGGGAGAAACAAACAGCCAGCUUGCAGGAAGCUCAGUUUGUGAAAAUGAUAACUCAGCCCACUCACAAUGUCAGCCCCGUGAUAUAAUAACUAUGAGUGAACUGGAGGACUUUAUGGAGGUGUCUGACUGGUGAGAACAAUGAUCUUUUACUCAGAAGGGGUAGCUAAAUAAAGUAUUUGAUCAAAUAAAGAUACCCAAAAGCACAGUAUGAAUGAAUCAUAAUAUGCAGUAUUUUAACUGUUUGUAAAUGACUUUUCAAGUGAAAAUAGUCUAAGAAAGUUUUUGGUUUGUAGUUUUAAAAGGGGCCUUGUGACAUGUUGUUAGAUUGAUUUUGGAGAUUCACUGUUGAGCUAUUUAUUGUGUUACAGAGAAGUUCAUUCCAUUUGACUUUUGAAUGUGUUUCUUGUGUAUAUGAUCAGUAUCCCAUUGCCUACUAAACCUAAAAGUAUGUUAUCAUAUAUCAAACAGCAACAGUGUGUCCACAGUGUUUAGUAGUUUUGAACACUGGCAGGCCUGCUUAAGUUUGCAAUUUUUUUUUCUUGUUGAAGAAAUCGUACUUUUGGCAUUUUGUGAUUAAACCCACAGUGUCAAUUAAAUAUCUGCAGAUGGUGUAAAGCAUAGUUUGUGUAUUCAACCACUGUGUCAAAGUGAAAACAUGGUGAUGUGAUUAUUGCCGUUUUGGAGGUUUAAUUUCAUACUGUAGUCCAUUUUUAAAGUUGGAAGUGUGUGAGAAUGUUUCUGUGUUGCUGUGAAACAGAAUUGUGUGACAUGGACUUACUCAGGCAAUUACAACACACUUGAUUCAAAUAAAUAAUUUUCUCACCA